CACUACACUCAGAUGCGCAGCCAGCUAAAAAUUUUAGCUUUCUGGACAGAUGGCUACAAAUGUGAAUAAAGAGUCAGAAUCAAACAGUGAUGUAACUUUAGGUUUCUUAGAGGAGGCGGAAUCGUGGGAGCUUCUUAGCAACCAGUUUCCAAGUAAAGUCGGAGGGAGACCUGCGUGGUUGAGCCAGGUGGACUUGCCAACUCUUCCUGAGUUACUGUGUGAAAAAUGCAAACUCCCAACAGUGUUUCUUCUGCAGGUGUAUGCACCGAUUUCAGAGUAUGAGCGAUGUUUUCACAGGACACUGUUUGUGUUCUGCUGCAAGACUCCAGCCUGCUAUACUCGAAAUGACGGCAGGUGUUUUAAAGUGUUUAGAUGUCAGCUGCCAAGGAUAAAUAAGUUUUACCCGUUUGAUCCUCCUUCCGACGAGAUGCCAGAGCACGUACUGGAAGAUCAUCAGGUUCUGGGCUCCGGGCUUAAAUUGUGCAGACUGUGUGGUUGUCUCGGACAGAAAGCGUGCUCUCGAUGUCACUCCGUUACAUACUGCUGCAAAGAGCACCAGACAAUAGACUGGAAAAACCGUCAUAAGAAAGAAUGUGCAAAUGAGGUUUCUCCUAGCUCAAAGGAGCUCAAUUCAUUUCUGUUUCCGGAGUGGGAGCUGGUAACUGAGCCAGAGGAGCUUCCAGCCAAAGAUGAGGAAGCCCACGAAUCCCAAAACUUAGACCAAGAACACACAGUCUUAUAUAAUGAUUUGGAAAAUAGUGAGCUAGAGAGCAUGGCCCUUCAUGAAACACAAGACUCUAAAGUGUUUCAGAGGUUUAAGGAAUACAUUGCUAAUGAACCAGAACAGGUUUUGCGGCAUUGUAAGGGAGGCAUGCCUCUUUGGGUGUCAGCUGAGCAUGUUUUGAAUGAAGAGGACACUCCAAAAUGUUCAUGUGGUGCAAAACGAAUCUUUGAAUUUCAGAUUAUGCCACAGUUACUUAAUCACCUCAAAAUGGAUAGGACCGAUGCCUGCAUAGACUGGGGGACAGUGGUCAUCUACACGUGUGCUGAGAGCUGUGACCAAGGCACCAAAUAUUCUGCCGAGUUUAUUUGGAAACAAGAUUUUUCAGAUCUGGCAGUAUAGAAUUAUUUCAUAAUGCAAUUUUGUACUCUUAAUUCAUAUUUAAAAAGUAUAUUUGUAAUGUCAGCUAAAUGUAUUAAAUACAUGAUAAAAGACAUUAUCAGACAUUUGUUACAUACUAUAACAGAAAAUUGAAACAGGCAUGUGUACACAGAAAACAAAUCUGUUUGUGUGACUAUAUUCAAUUGACUCAAGACUCUUGCAUGAAAGAAAAAUGAUUGUCACUGUCUUUUUGCUGUUCUUCAUACAAUUGUAAGACAAGUUAUAAUUUCUCUUUA